UAUGCAUGAUCGUUGACUCAAAUUUGCGAUGUGCAUUAUUUAUUAGCUUGAUCUGAGCCCAAACCAGAACCAAUGCAUAUAAGAUUUUGAUGAUGAUUUGUAAAAAAAAAACAUAUUAUUUCUAUUAAGUCAUAGAAGAAUAUAUAACAGAUGAUCCUACGAGGAUAAGUUUCUUUAAUACAUUUGAAUGGAUUAGGCUUCGUUUAAUCCAGUAUGUAUUCAGCCUUCACUCGUUAAGCCCUAAACCCUAAACGCUCUGUCUCUCUCUCCUUCUCGACCACGGCAAUGGCGAUCGCCGCGCGCCUCCUCUCCACAGCGCCAUGCCGCUCGCCCUCGUCGUGGCCGCUGCCGCCGUCCAAACCCUACCUCCGCUUCCCCUCCGCGCCGCUCCUCCUCCUCCUCCGGUCACCCGCCGCCGCCUCGGUGAUCCAUCUGAGUCCUCCGCCGGUAACUCCCCUCGCCGUCGCGUGUGAUGAUCGGCACGCGCUCCCCGACUCGGACGAGCCGCGCAACCGGAACCCACCUGACCAUCCCGCUCCGCUGCUCGCCGCCGCCGCCGCCGCCGCUGCCGCGGUGGCCAGCCCGCACGCCGCGCUCGCCUUGUCCGGUGGAUCCAUGGGCGGGUGCUCGGACACCUCAUCCUCCUAUUCCUCCUCCUUCUCCUCCUCGUCGUCCUCCGAUUCCUUUUCUUCGUGGUCCUCGAGCAGCGACUCAUGGAGGUCAUCGUCUUCUUCCUCCUCCUCUCCGCCGAAGAAGAAGAAGGUGGUGGUGGUGGAGAGCGCAGAUCUGGAGACUCACGAAUCGGUCGGCACGGCGGCUUCUCCGCCGCCGCCGCCUCCGGUGGCCCUGACCCCGUGGGAGAAGUUCUGGAUCAGCGUCGCGGUGGUGCUCGGCGUCGGUGGGCUAGUGUUCGGCCUCAUCUUCCUCAUCAAGAGAAGCAUCCCCCCGCCGAGGACCAUCAGUGUGGUCAAGCUUCAGAUUGCAUUGGGUGGUGUGGCUGCGGCGAAGUCGUUCCAGAAGGAUCUGAACCGGAUUGCUGAGAGGGUGCAAGGCUCUAGCCGACGUUGGUACAAGUUCAUACUGAGCGAUACCAUAUCUUCAUUGCACCGCCACAAGGAUUACUGCAUCUCUACAAGCUUAUCAGUUGAUAUAAAAGACAGCGACUCUUGGAAUGGUCAUUUUAAGAAAAUUUCGUUGGAAGAAAGGGGCAAAUUUGAUGAAGAAACGCUUUCUAAUUUGGAAGGCGUUAAGAGAAAUAAAGAAUACUCUACAAAGAUGGAUGGGAGCAAAAACGAGUAUAUAGUGUUAACCAUUCUUGUUGCUACGGAUGGAACAAUGGAUUUCCCCAAAUUGAUCACAAACGCUGCAGAUCUGAAAGUUGCUUUGACAAAGCUCUACUCUACACCCGAAACAGGUCUUGAGGGUAUUCACGUUUUAUGGGCACCUCAAGACAAGGAUGAUAUUCUUUCGAAGGAGAGGAUGCAAAAGGAUUAUCCAUAUCUGAAGCCCUUGAGUGUCUGAUUAGGGCGGCCUUCUCUUCGUGUCCUUGGAGGAAACCCAUACAAGAAGUGAAGAAGAGCAUUAUCAUAGUCCCAGUUAUUUUGUAGUUAGAACUUAGAAGAACACAUACAGAUCAUUAGGCAAUUACACUAUUAUAGGUCUAUAGUCUAUAUACUCCUAUAUACUGGUAAUUGAGAUCAGCUCAUUGUUUUGGUUGCCAGUCAGGAAUCAGGGCACCUUUCUAAGCCUCAGGAAAUGCUCUGUAAAUGGUGAUGAACUUGUAAUAGAGCACAGUGGUACACAAGAAUUUUCAGCUGAUUAACAUGAUCAAGGUUGAUUUUAUAAUUCCAUGGAACUAUUAUUGUAUUUAUUACCAUAUUUUCAUAUAAAAUAAUCUCAAAAUGGAGGAAAAUAAUCUUAGACUCCAUACUCCCUCCGUCCUAAAAAAAACCAACUAGCUAUGUAUUUGGACAUGCGUCAUGUCUAGAUGCAUAGUUAGGAGUUUUAAGGACAGAGUGAGUAUGUUACUCCAGCAGCUAUAGUGAUGUUGAUUUGAGAAAUUUAAUAUGCUAUUUUUUAAAUAUUUACAUAUACUCCUUCCGGUCUGAAUAUUUGGCGUUCCCCGACCCAUCGCCGGAGGAGAACUCCCGUGCUCGCCGCCGACGUUGCUACAGCUGUGGUUGGCCAGCUCCCCGUGUUCGCCUAGACCGUUACCAUUAUAAUUGUCAUAUUUUCAUGAAAAAUUCUUAACAUGGAGGAAAACGUUCCAAGCUUCCAUAUGACACUCUAGGAGCUAGAGUGAUGUUUUAUGAGAUA